AGAGGAGUAUAGCAUCAUCCACCAAUACCACAUGAACUCAUUCUUAGGAGAUUUCCCACAAUCUCUCUCAUCUCUUGAUGAUACUACCACUUGUUAUAACUUUGAUGCUUCUUGUGAUGAUGAUUUGCUCGAAGAGAAACCUUCAAAGAUCCUCAAGACCACUCACGUAUUACCAAAGUUAUAUCCAUGUCCUUCUUACAAUCCUCCUCCACAAUCUCAGCCACCUUCUAGAAUUCUUUCUUUCGAAAAGACAGGAUUGAAAGUAAUGAAUCACAACUCUCCGAACUUAAUAUUUAGCCCCAAGAAAGAAGUUGGAUCACCAGAUCUGAUAACAAGAGGGACAAAGAGGGCUCAACCCUUAACUCGAAGCCAAUCAAAUGCUCAAGAUCACAUACUCGCUGAGAGAAAACGCAGAGAAAAACUUACUCAAAGAUUUGUAGCUCUUUCCGCCCAGAUUCCUGGUCUAAAGAAGAUGGACAAGGCUUCAGUGUUGGGAGAUGCAAUAAAGCAUAUAAAGUACCUCCAAGAGAGUGUGAAAGAGUAUGAAGAACAAAAGAAAGAAAGAACAAUGGAAUCAAUGGUUCUUGUGAAAAAAUCUCAGCUGGUUUUGGAUGAAAAUUAUCAAUUAUCCUCAUCUUCCUCUGAUGGAAAUCGUGACUGCUCGAGCUCGAAUCUUCCAGAGAUGGAAGUUAGGGUUUCAGGAAACGAUGUUCUUAUUAAGAUCCUAUGCGAGAAGCAAAAUUGUAAUCUGAUCAAGAUUAUGAGUGAGGUUGAAAAGCUUGGUUUGUCUAUCACCAACAGCAGUGUCUUGCCAUUUGGACCCACUUUCGACAUCUCUAUCAUCUCUCAGAAGACGAGCAAUUUUGAUAUGAAAGUUGAGGACGUUGUGAAGAGCUUGAGUUGUGGUUUAUCAUAGUUGAUGUGAUUGGUUCCAUAUUGCAUAUCUACUCACAUUCCUCAACGAUUUCUACGACCCAAGAAUCUAAAAUUGAUUUUACAUGAAAGUGUUUUUUAGUUGAUUGAUUGUUUUUUAGUUGAUUGAUUUGUAUGAAGGUUCCUAAGUCAUUUGUAGAACCUUUUCUUGUUGUUUAAAUGUCCAUAACACACCAAUAUGUCAUCAAAGUUUAGUAGACAUAAAAAAAAUUUCGCGGCUACUUGAUUAUUUCUUGCAGUUUAAAGCAUUUCGUUAAAUUUAUGGAUGUCAUUCUUUUACUUAUCAGUUUUCUUGUUAACCAAACAUAUUAGUUGUAAAUUUUCUAAAAAAACGUUCUAAGUGGCCGCCUAGACGAUGUACCGAUUACCUUCUAAACUGCAUAGAUAAUUACAGUAUAUAAUAAUAAAUAUUAUAUAGUUUAUUAUUCAUAAAUUAUAAUAAUUAAUAUAUUAUUAAAUAAUGAAAAUAAAAUAAUAUCAUUUAUGAAUAAUAAUAUUUAAUAUAAAAGAGUACAUAUAUUUAUUAUAUUUUUAUAAUUUAUAAACGCCUAAACCACUUAACUAAUAAUUUAGACGUCUGAUUAGUAGUUCUAAACGUUAAGCGCUGAGUCACUGUCCGCUUAGCGCAUAACACUUUCUUGAACACUGCAAAUUUAUAUGAAUUGGUACUGCAAAAAUUAGCUCGGAAAUUUAUGGUAAUACAAAUUUAUUUUCAAAAGCUGCAACCAAUAAGCCAUCCCUACAUAUAAAAAGAUAUUAAGUAUAUAUGGAUUUGCGUUUUCAUUUCUAAUCAUAAGUAUACACAAUUGGUUUUACAACAAGGUACUAUGACCAGUGGCAGAGCCAGCCACAAUUUUCAUUGGAGUCAUUUUAAUUCUAACACUAUGUUAUAGGGCUUACAUAAUUUUUCCUGUAAUGUUUCACUAGAUUUUUCAUUAAUAUAUAUAUAAAUUUUUUUUACCAGAAUUCAUUGGGGUCACAUGACCCCCUACCGUACUGGCAGCUCUGCCACUGACUAUAACAUUAUAAAGUAAAAGUUGGCUAGAUUAAAAGUCAUAAAGUAGACACCUUGAACCAGAUCUUUGAAGGACUGUUCCUUCGUGUGUGUGUGUGUUUUCUUUGAGCAAGGUAGUUUGAGCCAUGUAAUGAUCUUAACUUCUUCUCUUCUAUAAGCACCAGUAAUCUAUACACAGCACUAGUAAUCUUUAAAAGUAAUAUAUACUCAACUCAUGAGGUAAUGUUAUUAAAGUCUAUCUUAGCAGUCCACAUCAUUUUCUAUUAAUUUACAGAAGCACACCUAAAAUCAAAUAGAUUAAAUUUUUUAGGUAUAAGUUUAUAACAUUCACACAUUCUCAGAACGUACAUAUACACAGCUUUUCAAACAAAUAUAUAGAAAUUGAAUUCAAGGAAAAUUUAAAACUAAACUCACUUCAAUUUUUUAGACCUGAUUUCAGUUAAUUGUAAUUUCAACUCCCUUAAGUUUUUAAUUGACAUCCUAAUUAAUGGGAAAACGUAAAAAGUGAAAGGCAAACGAAACAAUUGAGUGGGAUAUUCCUUGAAAACAGGCCAGCAAAGGUGACAAUUUAUGGGUUAUUAAAUUGAAUUGAAAACGUGGGAUUUUCUCAUGUUCUCGGAAACAGUUUCAAGGAGGUCAAAUAAAUGUGACUACCAAUAAGUCAUAAACCUAACACUAAUCUUUUAGAUUCAUAAUUGCAUAGACCAAAUAAUGUCCUAAAUAUUGGGAGGAGGUUCUGCUGUGUCUUUGGUCAACAAAGAGGAGAGAGGUUUGUCCCAAGAAAAAAUGAGGAAAGAUGUUACAGUGGGAAAACAAGAUCUUAACUUACGAAAAUAAACCAAAACCUAUUUCAACUCAUGAAACAAGUAUUUAAAUUUCUAAUUUUCAUUCAAACAUUAAAUAAAUAUCUAAUUUUCAUUGACCAAAUUAAUUUAGCUACGUGGUUAGUUAACCACUAAAAUGUCAUUAGCAAAUACUCCAUCCGCUCCUUAAUGAUAGAUUUUUUAGAAAAAAAAAUAUUUCAAAAAGAUGUAUUUUUUUGUUUUCUAUGAAAAAAAUUAUAAUUUUCAAGAAAAUUAAUUGACUUUAUUGAAUUACUAUUAGUUAAAGUUAUUGAAAAUAUAAAACUAAACAAUACAUUUAUCAUGGUAGUUUAAUGUGUUUUCUUAGUAUGUGUGAAAAUAAUAAAAAGUCAAUUUUUUAUAGAAUAGAGGGAGUAACAUAUACGUUUAACAUCAUAAGAAGAAAUCAGCCAAAAAUACAACUUUCAAAUUCAAGCAAAAAACUCAAAACUUUAGUAAACUAUUUUAAUCUCUAAUUAUCAUUUAGACACUAAUAAGUUCCUUACUUAUUUGCCAUUCCAUUCCAUGUUUCGAGAUCAAUUGUUGAAUCUCGUUAACAAACGUUUAAACAUCUCUAGGUACAUCAGCAAUAUAACCGACUUAUUCUAACCGACUUAUUCUCCCUGCCCAAAUCUCGAAAUACUUUUUUUUGGGUUAAUCCUUGUUUCAAAGUGUAUUAAGGCUCUGAAUGGUAACUGCGGUUUGAGCGGUGCGGGACAAGCGGUUUAACUGCGGUGCGGUUUUAACAGUUAUAAGAAUGUAUAAAUAUAUGGUAUAUUUAGAGAUUUUUAUUACUGUUAACUGCGGUGCGAGGCAGGGCGGUUCGUAACAUUCGAAGCCUAAAUAUUUAACUGUCAUCUGAUACAACCACAUGUUUUAGCAUUCAUUUCCAUAUUUGAUAUAACCCUUUAUCGGUAUUAUGUCAUAAUGUUCUAAGUUUAGUCUAUGUACCCUCGUUGUUUGAGAUUGAGAGAUAGAUGGGAAAAAUAUUUUGAAUAUCUGAUUUGGAGAAGCGAAGAUAAAUUUAUAGAUUUGGAAAGGGGAUUUAGGUCAUUGAUACUAUGUAAUUAUGUAUGCUUAUUUCUUCUGAACGAUGUUGUUUUAAUGUUCAACAUGUGUUAAUGAAGUUUUGGCCGUAGAUUUUUUUUUUUGAACUAUCGUACAUUGGUUAACAUGUGUUAAUGAUGUUGUUUUAAAGCGAAGAUGAAUUUAUACAUGUUUUGGCCGUAGAUCAAACAUGUAUUUGGGCAGUUAGAUGAAGAAAAACAUCGACAAAAAAAUUAAUAAUUAAAAGUUUUAAAAAAUUUGGUAAAUUUUUCAUAUGACACUAACAAGCUUAAUUAGGACGUAACUAAAUUAGUUUGUUCAACAAAAUUAAUAUUAGUUGGAGAAUUUUUUAAUGCUUUAACCUUAUUUUCGUAAAUUGUUGUAUUGUUUAUCAUUUUUUCUUAUAUUGGGUGUAUUCUAUUGUCUUGCAAAUUAGUUAACCAAUAAAAUACUCACCAAGCUCAUUCGUGAAAUCAUAUAUAUAUAUGUUGGAAUUAAAGGAAGAAGACAAAACUGGGGAAGGCCCCUUGACAGUGAGUUUGAUUAAGACGAGCAUGAUUAACUUAAUGUGAGAAAGGAAAUGAUUGGUCCAAUCCAAACUCAAUAAUGAAAUAGUUUAUUCUUUUGUUGGACUAAAAUAUUUAAAUGUUAUUAGUAGUACUUUAUUAUUGUUGUUGGCCUUGCGGUAUAACAUGGAUAGAGAUGGUAAUGAUGGACUUGAACUGCGGGUAUGGCCUGUAAAGUACUGUCGCGGAAUGGUAUUGAGACUAGGCUUUGUAGGCCCGUAUAUUUGCGCGCAUUGUAGAAAUGAUCUUUGCAGGACUGGGACUUUUGCGGGAUGAGACGAAACGGGUCAUGCGAAAUUACAUGGACCUGUAUUUUUUUUUCAUUUCUUAUUUUACUUGAAAAAACGAGAGAGAAAGUGUGAGAAAAAAGCAAUUCUUGUGACUUUCCCCAAAAAAUAUAAGGAGUUCUAGCGAUGAUGAUUCGAGCUCCGGUGAUGAUGAUUCGAGAUCCGGCGAUGACGAUUCCAGCUCUAGCGAUGACGAUUCAAGUUCUGGUGGUGUUUUGAUUUGGUUUUCUCUUUUUAUUACACACAACUAUGAAUUGCUUUAUUAUAGUGUGGAAUUUCUUGUUUAAGUUGAUUGGUUUUGUUUUCAAUACUGUGAAAUUAUGUUUUUCUUAAAUUAAAUUUGGUUACGAUGAUGUUGUUUAGGAGAAAAAUUAGUUGUAUAUCAUGUCACUUGUAUAAAAAGUGAUUCACGAUUUUUUUUUUUGAAAUCCAAAUAAUUACAAAGAGAGAUGGUUUAAUGAAGACAUACAACACUUGAGCCAAGUUAUUACAAAGACAAUAACUCAAUCAGACAAAAUUAAUAAAAUCUUAUGCUGAUAACAAAAAAAAGCUUUUAACUCAAGAACGCAAGCACAAACAAAGCUUUAUGGCAUUGAUUUUAAUAAGGUUAGUGAAGCUUAAUGAGCUCUCUUCAACUCUCUUACACAACUUUUCCACUUGAACAUUCAUGAAAGAAGUUGUAGUAGGCGGUUUGAUAAGGAGACAUCCUGCGGGACAGCCUGCAAAGACCUAUAUGUUCUACGGUACAGGUUUGGACCGGUAUUCUGAAGACCGCAGUCCAUGCAGAAGAUGCAUGCUGUGACCCGCUCGAUGACUAAUCCGUCGUAAUACGGAACGGGAUGCUUGCAGCAAACCUGUUCGACAUCUCUAAACAUGGAUUCAAAUUUGAAAAUGUAUGUGCGUGUUUAAGUUAUAGACAAACUAGAAAUAAUAAAACUAAAUUUAAUAACAUUCUCUUAUAUAUGAUUAUUGGGGUUUUUCAAUAAACUAAUAGAAAAUGAUGUGGAUUGAUAAGGUAGAUCGACUUUAAUAAAACAUUCGCUUAUGAGUUUAGUAUAUAGACAAACAAAACAAAUAAACGAAUUAAUUAUAUAAGGACAAUAACUAAAAAUUUAUAAAAUUUAUUAAAGUAAGGACCAUACUGUUUUGUAAACUUAUCUAUUCUUCUAAUAACGUAAAACAUAUUUUUAAGUUUAUUUUGAUCCACUAAAGUUCUUUUAUUAGAUUGUUAAACGAAUUUUAAUCCACUCUACAAAAGAUAAUGUCAGCUCAAGUGGACGAAAAUAAAUAAACCAUAUGGAGAUCAACCUUAAUUGACAUUAAAAAGACCAAAAGA